AUGUGGUGGAUUGUUCAUGGAAGGAAGAACAAGAGGAACUUACACCGCGAUUUUGAGAAUAAGAGUAUAUGUGACUUGGGGAAAGACUUGGAGGAUAUACUAAAGGGGAGACUAGAGACUAUAGAGGAGGAACCUGAAGCGGAAGAGCGAGAGUGGUUAGGAGAAUCUCAUAAGCCAAUGUUGGUUAAGGCUAAGAUGAAAGUGGAGAAGGGAAAAGCAAUAGUAAAGGCAAAAGUGAAGAGUGGUAAAGUGUUUUACAUGUUGUGUGUUAUUGGUUUAGCCUCUAAACGUGGUUUUAAUGAUCUUGUUCUUCACUAA